AUGGGCCGCACGAACUCCUCGUGGCAACAUACGUUGGAGAAGGUUGACUCGUGGCUCAAGACUUACGACGGCAUGCCACCGGCCGUAGAUUUGGAGGACGAGAGGCAUCCUGCAAAUGACGCCCUGUACGAGACCGUGCCAAAAGAUGCACUACCAGGUGCAGAAUCCGUGCGAAUGACGGUCGAGCGUGUCCUGCCAUUUUGGCACGAUCAAAUCGCUCCUUGUGUGCAGGCCGGGAGGACGCCGCUGGUUUGUGCGCACGGCAACUCCCUGCGGGCCCUCUGCAAAGAACUGGAGGGCUUGUCCGAGGAGAAGGCCAUGGAGCUGGUUGUGGCUCCCGGAGUGCCCUUGGUCGUUGA